AUGCAUCAUUGUCUGUCUUUCCCUUUGUGGAAAUUUCUGGUGAUUGCUCUCAUAGGCUACUUGUACUUGACUGGACCAACUAGUGAGAGAGCCAAGAUGGUAGUCAGAGGCCGUUGCUUCAAGUUCACCAAGGAAGCCAGUGAGCUUGGUGCUGCCCAGCUCUCGGCUCACCGGCAGGAGUUGGUGCCUUCCCAGUGUGGCUCCUUCAGCCUCGUUUGUGACGUUUCCCUUGGGAAGUGCUUCCUGCACCAGGAGAGACCGGAGGCUUUUCUGUACUUCUCUGUCUCAGGAAGGAAAGAUACCUUGUUGACUGGCCCCAGCGAAGGCAAUACCUGUUACCACAAUUUCCUGAGGGUCAUUGGCUUAAAAAACAUUUUGAGAAAAGUCUUAGUGUUUAAAAAAUCGUCCACAUCUAGAGUAAGGCCAUGUGUGAACAGCCUUUCUGUACGCAUAAUGCUGGUUCUUUCUUUCAGUCAUAGCAGAUUGCCAAGCAGGCGUGCUUUUUCCUCAUUAAACUUUUGCUCUUGCUUCCUAGCAUUUUUUUAA